UAUAUAAAGCCCCAACUGAGUUCACUCUCACUCACUCACGGUACUCCAUUUUCAGAGCUCAAAGUUUUCAGAGACAGUUCCCGACGAGAGACCUAACAAUGGCGAUGGCUUUCAAGAUGGCAACCACUGGAAUGUGGGUGAGUGAUGAGUGCAAGAAUUCGUUCAUGGAGAUGAAAUGGAAGAAGGUUCAUAGGUAUAUUGUGUUUAAGAUCGAUGAAGGGUCCAGAUUAGUCACCGUCGACAAGGUCGGCGGUCCGGCCGAAAGCUACGAUGAUCUCACCGCUUCAUUACCAAACGACGAUUGUCGUUACGCGGUCUUCGAUUUCGAUUUCGUUACUGUUGAUAAUUGCAGAAAGAGCAAGAUCUUCUUCAUCGCCUGGUCGCCCACGGAAUCAAGAAUCAGAGCAAAAAUUCUAUACGCAACAUCAAAGGAUGGGCUGAGGAGAGUACUGGAAGGAAUUCAUUAUGAAGUUCAAGCAACCGAUCCAACCGAGAUGGGGAUGGAUGUGAUCAAGGACAGAGCAAAAUAAAUAAAUAAAUAAAUAAAGCUAAUCAAUCUUUAGGCAUCUUUUACUUUGGAUUUUUAAUAAUGAAUGACCACUUUCAACUAUGUUUAUCUGAUUUUUCCUUCUUGGUUUGUUCAUCUUUUUAAAAAUUUUCUUUAAGAUUUUGGGGACUAAUGUAAGUAAAAGGGAAUGAAAAGGAAAAUGUAAUGUGUUGAUCUAAUGUUGAUGAGAAUUAAAGCCCCUUUUCUUUAUUGUAUUGGGUUUAAUUUGGAAAAGGAGAGCUGAUAAUUUAUGUAGUGUGUAAUUUUAAUCUUAUAAAUUGUAAUUCAUAUAU